AUGAAAAGUACUUCUCAAACAUCAACAAUAGCUGAUCAAGCGAUAAAAUCAAAUUCUAAACAAGAUUCGUCGAUUGAUUUAACUGACGUUCCGAUUAUUUCUGUUGGUUUAACACGUUAUUCACAUCAAAAUCAUAGAAUGUUAACAGACGACGAAGAAGAUAUUGAAGAUGAAACAAGUGACGAGGAAGAAGACGACGAUGACGAAGAUGAUAUUCCAUCGCCGUUUAUUUCUCAUUCACGUUUAUCUUUCAAUCAUAAAUUUAACGAUGAUAUCGAUAUUGGUCCUAUUGAUCCUGAUACACAAGCGAAACUGGCUGCCAUUCUGGAAGCAACUGGUAUAACCAAUUCUCCUAUACCAGAAGACUUCUGGCGUGAUCAGCAAGUUGUACGUUUACUAACAAGUAGCGUAACGAAUAACAUCGGUGGUUUACAUCAUAUUGCCAACGCUCUCUCCUCAUCCUCUUCAUCAGCAAUAUCACAAAAUGAAAAGAAGCCAUCGAAAUUAUUAAACAAAGACUCCGGUGUACUACUUCGUGCUUGUGUAAAUAAUGAUCUUCAAACAGUUGAAAAAAUUCUUCAAACAAAGAAUAUCAAAGAAUAUCUCAAUGACAUCAAUGAGGAUGGUGAUAGUAUUUUAUCAUUAGCUUGUUCCAACGGAUACAUUGAUCUAGUUGAACUUAUACUUCGUACGAUACCAGACAUUGCCGUCGAUGAUCGAGGAAAUAAACAAGAUUGUACACCAUUGAUGGAAGCGUGUAAUGCUGGUCACUAUGAAAUUGUUGAACUUCUAAUCAAAUACAAAGCAAAUGUAAAUAUACAAUCUACGUCAGGAAAUACAGCGCUACAUUAUGCAGCGGGAGGAGGUUAUGUGGAUAUCGUACGAUUAUUAUUGAAACAUGGUGCAAAAGUAGAAGAAACGAACGAAAAUGGUCAUACACCAUUGAUGGAAGCAGCUGGUGGUGGACAUGUCGAAGUAACUCAACUUUUACUGGAUCAUGGCGCUGGAACAAAUAAUCAAUCGAAGGAUAAAAAUGGAAAUAAAACUGAUGAAAUGCAUACAGCUUUAAUGGAAGCCUGUAUGGAUGGCCAUGUUCAAGUUGCAAGAUUACUGUUAGAUCAUGGCGCCGAUGUAAAUAUGCCACCAGAUAGUUAUGAAAGUCCGUUGACAUUGAGUGCAUGUGGUGGUCAUUUCGAACUGGCGUCGUUGUUGAUCGAACGGGGAGCUAAUCUUGAAGAAGUGAAUGAUGAGGGUUAUACACCAUUGAUGGAAGCUAGUAGAGAAGGACAUGAUGAUAUUGUGAAUUUACUUGUUUCGAAAGGAGCAAAUGUUAAUCGAACAACUGAAGAAGCACAGGAGACUGCAUUAACAUUGGCAUGUGCUGGUGGAUUUUUGGACGUGGUGAAGAUUCUUCUAGAUAAUGGCGCUAAUAUCAAUUUAGGUCAGUCGACUCCUCUCAUGGAAGCAUCACAAGAAGGACAUAUUGAACUUGUUCCGUAUCUCAUAGAAAAAGGAGCGAACGUCAACCAGACCACUCGUGUUGGAGAUACAGCACUGGGCUAUGCUUGUGAAAGUGGAAAUACAAAAGUAGCCGAAGUUUUACUCAAUUCCGGUGCACGUAUUGAUGAUGCUGAAAACGAAGGACGAACACCGAUCAUGAAAGCAGCACGUGCAGGACACAUAUGUACAGUACGGUAUUUAAUAUCAAAAGGAGCUGAUGUUAAUCGAUCGACCAUUACUAACGAUGCAACUGUUCUUUCAUUAGCAUGUGCCGGUGGACAUUUCGAUUUAGCGACAAUUCUUCUUCUCAAUGGUGCAGAUCCCAAUCAUCUACUGAAGGAUCGAUCGAAUUGUUUAAUCGAAGCAGCUAAAGGAGGACACACUGCUAUCGUUCAACUACUACUUGAAUAUCCGAAGAGCAUUUUAAAUUGUACAAUUAAUCCUGUUGAAAUAAAUGAUGAUCAAGACGAAGAAGAUGAUGAAGAAGAUGAUGACGAAGAAGAAGAAGACGAUGACGACGAUGACGACGACGAGGGUGUGACAGUAACAAUGCCGAAUUCAUUUCCUCUCCCGCUACCAACAGUCAAUGAUUCAAGUACGAAAACUGAUACAAGAUCUGGUGAAAAAUCAUCGGAGAUGACGAACUCAUCGUUUACCUUGCUCGAACGUUUGGAAAAGAUCGUUCCGAGAAACAUUUUGGAAGUUCUGAAAACGGUCGAAGUCGAUCCGAAUGAAUUGUACACUGAUAUGAAUAACCCAGACAUCUCAGCGUAUCCAUGGCCGAAUUCUAAUCGAUUGCCAUCGCCAACCAAUGAUCAAACAAGCGAUCAAGCGAAAAAACUUUAUCUAUUAGAACAAUUGCAAAAUGUAGAAAAAGAACUACAUGAUAAAGCUCAACAACAUCUGAAACUCAAUCAGGAAUAUCGACAACAAGUGACAGAAUAUUUCAACGCCAAUCCUCCGUCUACUCCUUCGAAUUCAUCCGUAACUAGUAAAAAGAAACGUACUACAUCGUCAUCUUCAGCAUCGAGUUCCUCGUCGUCAUCGAAAUACGAUGAACAAGUAACAUCUUCGUCGAUCCUCCCGAUUCCGUCUCAAACAAUCAAUUUCUUUUCUCCGUCACCUAAUGAAUCUGUACAAUCAUCUCAUCAGCAUACGAAAAUAAAGAAAUCAUUCAACCGGCAACUAUCGAAAUACGACCGUCGAAUAGAACAGCAUGUACAUGAUAAUCAAAAUCAUCUCGACGAAAUGAAUAUGCAUUUGAAGAAUCUAAAAUUAAUCUCAUCGUCAGCCACAACAUCAUCGACAGAAUCGACACCGACGAAAAUUCCCAUGCGUAUUAAUACAGAUACCCAGAAGGCUCUAGAACAUUUACGACAACUAGCAAGUAAUCCAUCGGCGUUGGAACGAAUACAAACAUUGGCGAAUAAUCCCGAUUUUAUUAAAGAAAUUCAAAAGAUUACUAAUCAAAAAUCAUUUAUCGAUCAACUAAGAACUCUACAACAAACACCAAACGUUGAGAAAACACCGACUUCCCCUUCUGAUCAGGAAUCAACAAAUUUAACUUCGCAAUCGCGUCACGCUUUGUCUAUUGACACGACUGAUCUCCCUCCACCAUCAUCGCCAUCCUCAAAUACAGCUCGCCAUUCAGUUUGUUGUGCUGAAUAUUCAUCUCAACUAAGUAAUUCGACAUCGACAGCAUUAUCUCAUCUACGAUUUCAAAAUCGAAUCGAUGUUGACUGCGAAACCGAAUCAAAUCACGAUACCGCAUUAACCUUAGCAUGUGCAGGUGGUCAUGAAGAACUUGUACUUCUGCUUCUACAACGUAAUGCUUAUAUUGAACAUCGAGAUAAGAAAGGUUUUACACCAUUGAUCCUUGCUGCGACUGCUGGUCAUGCAAAUAUUGUGUCACGAUUGAUUGAACAUGGUGCCAAUAUCGAAGCUCAAUCUGAAAGAACCAAAGACACCGCACUGUCGUUGGCAUGCAGCGGUGGUAGACAAGAUGUUGUUGAAAUUCUUUUGAAAAAUGGAGCAAAUCGAGAACAUAGAAAUGUUUCCGAUUACACCGCACUGAGUCUCGCUGCCUCGGGAGGAUAUGUAACUAUUAUCAAGUUAUUAUUGAGCUAUGGCGCAGAAAUUAAUUCGAGGACGGGUAGUAAAUUAGGCAUUACUCCUUUAAUGUUAGCAUCAAUGAACGGACAUGUUGCUGCAGUGAAACUUCUACUAGAUAUGGGUGCUGAUAUCAAUGCACAGAUCGAAACAAAUCGCAAUACAGCAUUAACUUUAGCUUGUUUUCAAGGCCGCGCUGAAGUUGUCUCACUACUAGUCGAUCGGAAAGCAAAUAUUGAACAUCGAGCAAAAACUGGCCUUACCCCUCUCAUGGAAUCUGCAUCUGGUGGUUACGUGGACGUCGGUCGAGUUUUGUUAGAACGAGGUGCUGAUGUGAAUGCGUUGCCUGUGCCUACAUCUAAAGAUACUGCGCUGACUAUUGCGGCUGAUAAAGGACAUCAUAAAUUUGUUGAGUUAUUACUUCUUUAUGGUGCGACAAUUGAUGUUCGGAAUAAAAAGGGUGCUACACCUCUUUGGCUUGCAUGCAAUGGUGGCCAUUUAGAAGUUGUUCAACUGCUCAUAACUCGUUUUGCCAACCCAGACUCGAGUGAUUCACGCAAAGUUUCUUGUCUUAUGGCUGCGUUUCGUAAAGGACAUAUCAAAGUUGUUAAAUAUCUAGUACGCCAAGUACGACAAUUUCCCUCAGAUACAGAUUGUCGUCGGUUAAUAAGUACAAUUACUGAUAAAGAUUUGUUGAAAAAAUGUCAAACGUGCAUGGAUCAAAUCAUCUCAGCAAAGGAACGUCAAGCAGCCGAAGCAAAUAAAGCAGCGAACAAUCUUUUGAAAGAGAUCGAAUCUGAGAAAUCGCGGGAACAAACGAAGAAAGAAGCUGCAGCAAAGAAACGAGAAAAACGGAAAGCAAAAAAGAAGGGAAAGCAACAAACCAUAGCUACAGAAGUAGCAGCGUCGACGACAGAAGCAGCUGAAGAGCUAGAAGAUGAAUGCACUCCUAAAGUUGAAGAAGAAACGCAGCAAGUAGAAGUCGAAGAACAUGUCGAAAUACCUUCAACGAAUGUUGUUGCUGACGAUGAGGAGCAUGAUGAUCUCCGUUUGAAAAUGGUUAAGACCGACACUGAACUGAAACCACCUGUGCCAGAACAAACAACCAAACAGCCGACUAACAGCAAGAAGAAAACAAACACAAUGUCAAGAAAAAUCGGACGUCAUCAAGAAAAUCUUGUUUCAAAAGCUAAACAAGAAUCGGUGACCACUGAUGACGGGUGGCAAGAAGUGAUUGGCAAACAGAAAAAAGUGACUAUUCCACAUGAGCAAUACACGCGGAUGAUCGCUCGAUGUGGCACGAACUUGAGUGUAUUACGUGACGUGACGGGAGCUUCAAUCGAUGUAGAAAACAAACGAGGCAUCGGAGACAAAACUAUUCUCAUCAAGGGUAAUUGUGAUUCUAUCAAACAUGCGUAUCAGAUAAUUACGGCAUUUUUGAAAAAUUCAGAAACAGAACUGACGAAUUUAUUACCAUCAGGCAGCAAGUCAAGGACAUCAACAGUAAUAACUAAUCACGACAAUGCUGACGAGUUAUUGAAAACACAAAGAGCAAAUACUGGGCCAAGACCACAUAAUAUCGUUGUCGAGCCAACAUUCUCGGAAACAUCUUCAACGCCUAGGAUUAACCCUCGUUCUUCGAAUCAGACUAAUAGGAAAAACUCUUCAAAUCUUACCACUCGUUCCACAUCUUCAUCAGCGUCAGUGAAAACAACUCAGCCAUUAACAUCUACCGGUGCAACGUGGGUUAAUUCCAAUCGAUCUAACCGUGCUAUAUCAUCAUCUUCGACAAGUAAUUCAACAACUAUCAAUCCAAGUAACUGGACACAUCCAAAAUCAUCUUCAUCACAUAAUAAACUAUCUCAUACAAGUCAAUAUCCUUACACGAAUUCAACUAACCAUCACCGACAUCAUCCAAAUAAUUAUCAAACAGCACCUUCAUCGUUAGACGUCAAUUCCAUAUCACCGAAUAAAUCCUCGACUCCGGUAUCUUAUCAAGCUCCAUCAUCAUCAGCAUCGUUACUGGUUCCAGCGUCCUCGACGAUACCACCUACGGCUACUAUCGGAGAAUACAAUCCAUUUGCUUCAAAUAUUUUAACUACAUCUAUUGUUGAUGUUCUAACAAAGCCAAAGGAAUCGUCAAAUCAAUCCGGAUCAAUCAACGAUGAGUCGACAACCAAAAUGAACUUUGCUAAUGCGGCCAAAAUGAAUGUACUAAGUAAACAAUCUCAUCCGGACUCCAUUGUAGUUACAAUGAAUGAACCCACACCAUUGUCCUCACAAGCACCAGAUCCAAAAAUUGCUCCUGGCUAUCGCGGUCUAUCUACUACUACGACAGCACCAAUGAUUCCACCACCUGGAACAAAUUUCGAUUCAUUAUCACCAACAUCACAAUUGAGUCGUGCACCUGGUUCUAAUCGCACUCAUCAGUCAAUCUCGCCUUCCUACACCAAGAUGCCACAUGAUCAAAACGGUCAGACUGGUUCAUCAACAGCAUCUUCAACAUCAUCAUCUCCAUCGUCAUUAAAGCAACAAGCAAGUCCUUUUAUUCAACCGCAGCCUUUGUUUCCCAAUCUCGAACAACAGAAACCGUUUGGACCAAUCGGCUCUCAUCGUCCACCUGUAUCAAUCGAUGAGAAUCCCAUGCACAUGCCUUCAAAAUAUCCGCCAAAUCCAUCAUCUGUCUAUCAGCAAUUGCUGCAUAACAAUUCUGCCUAUUCGAAUCGAUCGAGUUUGAAUCCAAGUGCACCAGAGUUUCAAGGACCAUUAUCAUCGAACAUUACAAAUAUUGCUCGAAUGAUGGAACAACAACAACAGCAGCAACAACAGCAAAUGUAUCCGAAUGUUCCUCCAACACGUUCUGGUCAACAAUCAGACAUCGAAGCAAUUCAACAUGUACAAAAUCAAGUGUUACAUUUAUAUCAUCAUUUACAGAAUAAUAUGCAACAACAUCCCAUACAACAACCUUUACCACCACCGCCACAGCUGCCAACAACAUUACAAAUAGCAAAUAUUUUGGCAUCACGAGGACAACUGCCACAAGAUACAAAUCAAGCCGCGGCACUUGUGGCUAAUUAUUAUUAUAAGAAUGUUCUCUCGAGAACACAAUCGACAAACAAUAUUCCUCUGUCGCCAAAUGUAAAUACAAACAGUGAUGAUAUACCCUUAAACUCUGUUGAUCCAACUGUUCUAAUUUCCAAUAGUAAUCAUUCAACCGGUCCUUCAUUAUCGUCUACAAGUGCUGGUAAUGACCACAAAACACUACCAGCUGCGAUUGGCAGUGAACGCAAACGACACAUGCCACCAUCAACCUCUGUUGCUCCUCCGAUGGGCAUCAAUGAUUGGUCUUCCGUCUCUAAGCCACCAUAUCCAUAUCCUCAACAACAACAGCAGCAGCAGCAACAGCAACAACAACAACAACACCCGCGAUAG